UUGUUUAAACAAAUAAGUAAUUAUUGUUCGUAACAACAAUUUACUUAAAAUGCUCUCUAGUUUUAAAACUCCCGCCAAAAAAUACCAGGUUAUUAGGUCUAUAGAUAUACAUCUAUAUUAUUAUAUCUAUUAACAAGGGUGAAAAUGUCAACUUCAAGUCGGUAAUGUAGAUUACUUAAUCGGGUCGGUAAAGUAGUUAGCAAUAAAAGAAAUUUUGACGUAAUUGUAUCGCAAAAUUAAAUUAUUAUUAUUUAAUUAAUAAAUCAAUUAAAUUGUUUUAAAUAAAUAAUGAUUAAAAGAAAAGCUCCUUCUGAAGAUAAUCCGAAUCACGAUUUCUACGAGUUCUUAAUCGAUAAUUUAAAAUCAACACAAAAACAAUCAUAACCUCACUUUUUAUUUACAUCAAAUUUCCUUUAAUUAAAUUUAGAAUUAGCCGAUUACGAAAAGAAUGCAAAUCGUAACAUUUAUAAAUAUAACCCGUAUAAAAAAACUUUGAAAAAUUACACUGUGUAAACGUGACUUUUCAUUUUACUUUUCCGAAUUAACAAAUAGAGUACCUAUAUAAAUUAAUUAAGAUAUUUUAAAUAAAUAAUCUUUAAAUUAAAAAAGGCUAAAAAAUAAGGAUAAAAAUGUCAACUUCAAGUCGGUAAUGUAGAUGACUUAAUCGGGUCGGUAAAGUAGUUAGCAAUAAAAGAAAUUUUGACGUAAUUCGUAUCGCAAAGUUAAAUUAUUAUUUAAUUUAUAAAUCGAUUAAAUUGUUUUAAAUAAAUAAUGAGUAAAAGAAAAGCUCCUUCCGAAGAUAAUCCGAAUCAAGAUUUUUGCGAGUUCUUAAUCGGUAAUUUAAAAUCAACACAAAAACAAUCAUAACCUCACUUUUUAUUUACAUCAAAUCUCCUUUUAUUAACUUUAGAAUUAGCCGAUUACGAAAAAGAAUCUAAAUCGUAAGAUUUACAAAUACAACGCGUAUAGAAAAACUUUGAAAAAUUACCCUGUGUAAACGUGACUUUUCAUUUUACUUUUCCGAAUUAACAAAUAGAGUAUAUAAAUUAAUUAAAAUGUUUUAAAUAAAUAAUCCUUAAAUUAAAAAAGUUUAAAAAAUAAGGAUAAAAAUGUCAACUUCAAGUCGGUAAUGUAGAUGACUUAAUCGGGUCGAUAAAGUAGUGAGCAAUAAAAGAAAUUUUGACGUAAUUCGUAUCGCAAAAUUAAAUUAUUAUUUAAUUUAUAAAUCGAUUAAAUUGUUUUAAAUAAAUAAUGAGUAAAAGAAAAGCUCCUUCUGAAGAUAAUCCGAAUCAAGAUUUUUGCGAGUUCUUAAUCGAAUUAGCCGAUUACGAAAAGAAUGUAAAUCGUAACGUUUAUAAAUACAACGCGUAUAGAAAAGCAGCCAGCGUAUUGGGAAAUCACCCAAUUAAAAUAACAUCAGGAAAAGAAGCAAAAAAACUAAAUGGAGUUGGAGAAAAAAUCGCGAAAAAAAUCGACGAAUUCCUACAAACAGGAAAAUUACAAAAACUAGAAAACAUUCACAAAGACGAAUCGUCGAUCGCGAUAAACGAAUUAACGAGGGUGAGCGGAAUUGGUCCGGCGAAAGCUCAAAGUUUAUUCGCGUCUGGUAUCAAAAGUUUAGACGAUUUAAAACGCAAUCAAAGUUCGUUGAAUCACCACCAAAAAGUGGGGUUAAAACAUUUAGAAGAUUUCGAAAAAAAAAUCCCUCGCAACGAAAUCCAAGAGAUCGAAGCGAUUUUAAAAAGCGAAAUUUCCAAGCUCGACCGCAACUUUAAAGUUACAAUUUGCGGAAGUUACAGGAGAGGAAAAUUGGAAAGCGGCGAUAUCGACACUUUAAUAACUCACCCUGCGUUUACGAGUAAAUCAAAGAAAAUUAAACAGAAUUAUUUGAGUGAUAUCGUUGAUGUUUUAAGGGGUGAUUUAAUCAAGGAAACUUUGUCUUUGGGGGAAACUAAGUUUAUGGGGGCUUGUAAGUUGGGGGGUAAUAAUGAUAAUAAUAAGAAUGUAAUGAGGAGGAUUGAUAUUCGGUUGAUUCCUUAUGACCAAUAUUUUUGUGGGGUUCUUUAUUUUACAGGGUCUGAUUUGUUUAAUAAGGAGAUGAGGGGGUUCGCUUUGCAAGAGGGGUUUACUUUGAAUGAGUAUUCGUUGAGACCUUUGGGGGUAACGGGGGUUCCUGGGGAAGCUGUUGAGAUAAGUUGUGAAAAGGAUAUUUUUGAUUGUUUAGGGUACCCUUAUAAAGAACCGCAUGAAAGAAAUAAAUAACUAACUUUGUU